AUGUCGAGGGAUUCGGACCGAAUUGAAUUCCUGUGGGUCGGCGUAUUCAUACUGUCAGUCUACGGUGCCUCAACGUUGAUCGCGAAUAGUUGGCAAAGAUACAACUCGAACCCAACGGUAAUCGCGAUCCAGAAAAACUACAGAGAAUGGAAUAUCACAUUUCCGGCGGCUACGUUCUGCUUUUUAGACAACGUCGAUGAACAAUCAGCGAAAAAUUUUAUUAAUAGAACGUGGGGUAUUGUACCUAUAGCCACAGAGGAAGCAGAUGCAGACUACGGCGAUCCGGAAGAAACCGAAGAGACAACGCCUGAUGCUAAUAUUACUACCGAAGCAAGCAGUACAGUUGACAAUGAAGCGGCUCACAUUGCAGAAACCAAUCAAAAGUACAAAUAUUACUUGACGUUUUUGAAAAAUUUGGCCAACAUGACUUAUGAAAAUUUGAACGUUUUCGAGCAAUACGUCGACGAUGAUACGAUCAAUCAAUUGGAUAUGAAGAAAACCAUCUUAGAGGUGAUCCGGCAAGUAAAUCAGCAAUCAACGUUUUUCAAUAAAGAGUUCAAAAAUCGCGAGUUUCUGCAAACUUUAACCGAAAUGGGAAUCUGUUAUACUCACGGAGGUGUCGUAUCAGAUUAUAUAACCAUCACCGGCGUUCCUCAUUAUCGUCCAAAUUUUCAGUUGCCAACGUGUAAUUUUUUGAACACCCUGUGUUACUCGAGAACAGAAGGAAUUCCAAGCGACGUAAGGUACUACGUUCAUUCGCCGAAUGAAAUACCCGAUAUAUCGAGCUCCUUCUUCAAAGUAUCCGGUAGAAUGGAUCGAGAUACAUCAUUUACUGUCCUGGAGACUACCGUUUCACCGGAAAUAAACCGAUUGAAUCCGUCUCAAAGGAAAUGUCGUUUUGAAGAGGAACCAACGAUUCCUCAUAUGAAAGUAUACAGCUUUAAUUUGUGUCGUAUGCAAUGUCGAAAAGAGAAAGCUUUCGAGCUUUGCGGUUGCGCUCCUUACUUCUAUCAGAAAGAACAUGGUAUACCAGUUUGCGGUAUUAAAGGGUUGGUUUGCUUGUCCAAAUACUCCGAAGAGCUGAUUAAUUUACGAAUGAGCAACGGAGAGAAAUUAGAAUGCAAUUGUUUACCUCAAUGCAUCAAUAACAGAUAUUUCGUCGACAGAGAAGUGGUCAGACAAUGGUCUUUUCCUGUACCUUAUGAUAUACGAUUUCGCUGGGCUAUUGAAAAAUUCAGUAAAAUACGUCUCAGGCGAGAUGUAAUUUUCAGUUUCGAGGAUUUAGUCGUAUCAUUCGGUGGAACUGCUGCGUUCUUUUUGGGCUGUAGUGUUCUCUCAUUCGUCGAAAUAAUUUACUUCUUCACAUUACGAUUGAUUUGGUUCGUUUUCACGAAAGAAGAAACGACGAAGAAUAAAUCCAACUAACGUACCUAACAAUAAGAUAUCUGACUAUUUUUUUCCUAUUUCUACUUGUUUUAUUCUCUUCGAGCGAGUAAAUUAUCCGUUUUGUCGGUAUUUCAUAACAUUUUGAAGAAUUAUGCGACUCACGAAACGAAGCGCGAACUCGAUUUAACAUCACAAUAGAACUUUAUUAGCACGUUGUCGUCUUCAUUACGGUAGUCGAAGGAACGUUGUUAAAAUUAAGCGUUAGCUGAGUUUCGUGCUUCUUCGGAGUUUUUUUUUUCAUUCUUGUUAUCAUUCGUACUGCUCAAUUAAACAGAUUAACCGUAUAUAUGCUAUACUGUUGUGUACUCGAACUAUGUGAAUGUACUUACUAAAACAUGUAUGGUAGUCGGUACGGCACAUUGUACUUCUCUUAGACAUUGAAAAGUCACGAGGAAUUUUGCACACUUUAAUGAUAACGUAUUUACAAUAAUAUUUCAUCAA